GGGCGGCACUUCCGGCGCGGCGGCGGCGGCACCGGGAGGAGGCCGCGGCCGCCGCUGAGCCCCGGGCGGCACCGGGAGGCCCCGAGCGGCACCGAGAGGCCCCGGGCGGGCCGGGCCCGCCCCCCGCGAUCCGUCCUGCAGGACCUCGCGGCGCCGCCCUGUGGGAGAGGAGAGGGAAAAAUGGGAGAAUUUUGGGAGAAAUUCCCAGCAGAGAGUGAGGCCAGCCCAGCCCUGCGGCGUCCCAGGAGGAAUUCUGCCACGGGAGGGUCGCGGUGCCGGUGACAGCGAUGGGGUACGAUGUGACGCGGUUCCAGGGGGACGUGGACGAGGACCUGAUCUGCCCCAUCUGCAGCGGCGUCCUGGAGGAGCCGGUGCAGGCGCCGCACUGCGAGCACGCCUUCUGCAACGCCUGCAUCACGCAGUGGUUCUCGCAGCAGCAGACGUGUCCCGUGGACCGCAGCGUGGUGACGGUGGCCCACCUGCGCCCGGUGCCGCGGAUCAUGCGGAACAUGCUCUCCAAGCUGCAGAUCACCUGCGACAACGCCGUCUUCGGCUGCACCGCCGUCGUGCGCCUCGACAACCUCAUGGCCCACCUCAACGACUGCGAGCACAACCCCAAGCGCCCCGUCACCUGCGAGCAGGGAUGCGGGUUGGAGAUGCCCAAGGACGAGCUGCCCAACCACAACUGCAUCAAGCACCUGCGCUCGGUGGUGCAGCAGCAGCAGACGAGGAUCGCCGAGCUGGAGAAAACCUCGGCCGAGCACAAGCACCAGCUGGCCGAGCAGAAGAGGGACAUCCAGCUGCUCAAGGCGUACAUGAGGGCGAUCCGCAGCGUCAGCCCCAACCUGCUGAACCUGGAGGAGACCAUCGAGUACAACGAGAUCCUGGAGUGGGUGAACUCGCUGCAGCCGGCGCGGGUGACGCGCUGGGGCGGGAUGAUCUCCACGCCGGACGCGGUGCUGCAGGCGGUGAUCAAACGCUCGCUGGUGGAGAGCGGCUGCCCGGCGUCCAUCACCAACGAGCUGAUCGAGAACGCCCACGAGCGCAACUGGCCCCAGGGCCUGGCCACGCUGGAGACGCGCCAGAUGAACCGCCGCUACUACGAGAACUACGUGGCCAAACGCAUCCCCGGCAAGCAGGCCGUGGUGGUGAUGGCCUGCGAGAACCAGCACAUGGGCGAGGACAUGGUGCUGGAGCCGGGGCUCGUCAUGAUUUUCGCUCACGGAGUGGAGGAGAUCUGAAAAAAGCAAAAAAAAAUGGAAAAAAUCCGCCUCGGGGGGAGCGGUUUUCCCGGACUCGGCGUUUUUUAGGGUUUGUGAUUUUUGCUCACCACAUGGAGGAGAUCUGAAGAACAAAACAAAAAUCCAUCUCAGGAUGGCAGGAGGGUUUUCCCAGACUUUUUAUGGUUUGUGAUUUUUCGCUCAUGGCGUGGAGGAGAUCUGAAAAAAGCAAAAAGAAAAUUGAAAAAAUCCGCCUCGGGGGGAGCGGUUUUCCCAGAUUCGGCGUUUUUUAGGGUUUGUGAUUUUUGCUCAUGGCGUGAAGAUCUCAAGAACAGCAAAAAAAUCCACCUCGGGAUGGCAGAGGGUGGUUUUCCAGACUUGGCGUUUUUAGGGUUUGUGAUUUUCACUCACGGCAUGGAGGAGAUCUGAAAAAAGCAAAAAAAAAAAUUGGAAAAAUCCGCCUCGGUGGGAGCGGUUUUACCGGACUCGGCGUUUUUUAGGGUUUGUGAUUUUUGCUCACCACAUGGAGGAGAUCUGAAGAACAAAACAAAAAUCCAUCUCAGGAUGGUUUUCCCAGACGUUUUUAUGGUUUGUGAUUUUCGCUCAUGGCGUGGAGGAGAUCUGAAAAAAGCAAAAAAAAAAAUUGAAAAAAUCCACCUCGGGGGGAGCGGUUUUCCCAGAUUCGGCGUUUUUUAGGGUUUGUGAUUUUUGCUCAUGGCGUGAAGAUCUCAAGAACAGCAAAAAAAUCCACCUCGGGAUGGCAGAGGGUGGUUUUCCAGACUUGGCGUUUUUAGGGUUUGUGAUUUUCACUCACGGCAUGGAGGAGAUCUGAAAAAAGCAAAAAAAAAAAUUGGAAAAAUCCGCCUCGGGGGGAGCGGUUUUCCCGGACUCGGCGUUUUUAGGGUUUGUGAUUUUUGGUCACCACGUGGAGGAGAUCUGAAGAACAAAACAAAAAUCCAUCUCAGGAUGGCAGGAGGGUUUUCCCAGACUUUUUAUGGUUUGUGAUUUUCGCUCAUGGCGUGGAGGAGAUCUGAAAAAGGCAAAAAAAAAAAUUUAAAAAUCCACCUCAGAAUGGCUCGCGGGGGGAGUGGUUUUCCAGACUUGGAGUUUUUAGGGUUUGUGAUUUUUGCUCGUGGCGUGGAGAUCUGAAGAACAGCAAAAAAAUCCACCUUGGGAUGGCAGAGGGUGGUUUUCCAGACUUGGAGUUUUUAGGGUUUGUGAUUUUCGCUCACGGCGUGGAGGAGAUCUGAAAAAAGCAAAAAAAACAAUUUAAAAAUCCACCUUGGGAUGGCUUAGGAUGGGUUUCCCAGACUCCCGGACUCGGUGGUUUUAGGGUUUGUGAUUUUCGCUCGAAGCGUUGAGGAAAUCUGAAGAACAAAACAAAAAUCCACCUGGGGAUGGCAGAGGGUGGUUUCCCAGACUUGGAGUUUUUUGUGAUUUUCGCUCACGGUGUGGAGACUUGGGGGAAAAAAAAAAUCAACGGUUUCGCCAUCUCGGGACGGCAGGAAAAUUGAAUUUCUGGACAUGGAAUUUUAGAGUUUCCCGCUUGACUGGACCCGUUACAAGCUCGGCUUGAGGAGAGGGGGAGCGGGGGCACUGCCAGGCCCCUCGGGGGUCCCCCCAAAUCCCGCCAAGCUCCGUCUCCUCGCCCCCCCCGGAACUCCCACCGGCUCCGUGUCCCCCGAUGGUGUCACCAAGCCCGGGGUGAGGGGUCCUUGGCCUUGGGGACCCUCCUGUCCCCCUCGCUUUGUGCAUGCCCCGUGAUCCCCCCCGGGCAUCUCCCACCCCCCCAGUCCGUGUUUGGCUCUGCUUUCUCCACCCUUGCUGUUACUUUCCAGACACUCGUGAUCGUGGUUCUGUAUUUUAUUUUUCUUUUGUACUUUAAUUUUUUUUUUUUUUGGACCUUUUCUCAUUUUUAUUCCCCCUUUUUAUUUGAUUUUUCAAGUACCGUGGGCAGGCGCCGCUGGCCUGGGUCCGUGGGACUCGUUGGGAUUUUAAUUUAUUUGCAUUUAUUUUGGUUAUUUUUUACCGUUGUUUCUCCUGCGGUGUCGGUCCCGGCAGAUCCGGCGGGAGGCAGGGAUUGAAGUGAUCAAUAAACAGAAUUCUGGUUGCUUUA